GCUGGCCCGCGGCGCGCCUGCGGACAAACGGAGAAGGUGGGAGCUUCAGAGAGUCCCUUUCCUAGACACUAGGUGCUAGGCUUGACUAAGAGCCCACGGAAGAGUGAAUCUCCUUGGGUGACUGAGGACCAGUGUGGUAGCUGAGGGAGACCCCGCUGGGUGGGCGGCGCACAGCCUCUUCCGGUUUCUGAGGCGUGUGGGGCCUCUUGUCUCUGUCCGGUGCUUGCGGCCAGGCUCCCGGACCCGGAAGAGGCGGCGGCGGACCGGCUACAGCUGCGGAGAACUUCACUCUCCACGUGCUUGUUGCUCGGGCUCCCUGCUCUGUCCGCGGCUCCGCGCUUGGGCUUUGACUACUGUCUGCAACACUUUGUCCGACCGGCUUCCCUGGACGCGCUUCGGACGCAUCCAGGCCCAAAUGACGCGGCAAGCAGAGGCUACCAAGAGAAAGCACCAAGUGUCCAGUGAUGCUCCACCAGCAAAACGGAGGAGUGAAAUAUCCUCUCUUUCAGCCAAGAAAGCCAGCGAUAAAGAAACUCAGAGAACAUUUAAAGGGAGCGCACACAAAACGUUUCCUCCAAAGAAGUAUUUGGACAGUAUAGUCAAUGGAAGGCAAGAGGAGAAGCCAUGCAUCAAGACAUCGUCGCUGUUUAAAAACAAUCCUGAGAUCCCAGAACUCCACAGAACUGUAGUGAAGCAGGCUCGAGAGCCAGUGUUCUCUCCAGAAGCUUUCCAAGAGCUGGACCUCCACCCACAUCUAAUUUCCACAAUAAAUACAGUCUUAAAAAUGUCCAGUAUGACCAGUGUUCAGAAGCAGAGUAUCCCAGUGCUGCUGGAAGGCAGAGAUGCCCUGGUGCGGUCCCAAACGGGCUCAGGUAAAACUCUUGCCUAUUGCAUCCCUGUGGUCCAGUCUCUUCAAGCACUGACAUCAAAAAUACAGCGCAGUGAUGGGCCCUAUGCUUUGGUCCUAGUGCCCACCAGAGAGUUGGCUCUGCAAAGCUUUGACACUGUUCAGAAGCUACUUAAGCCAUUCACCUGGAUUGUUCCUGGAGUGUUGAUGGGCGGAGAGAAGAGGAAAUCAGAAAAAGCUAGACUCCGCAAAGGCAUAAAUAUCCUUAUCUCAACUCCUGGCCGUCUAGUGGAUCACAUAAAAUUCACAAAGAACCUUCACUUUAACAGAAUACAGUGGCUGAUUAUGGAUGAAGCAGACAGGAUCUUGGAUUUGGGUUUUGAGAAGGACAUCACAGUGAUUCUGAAUGCUGUAAAUGCUGAGUGUCAGAAACGGCAGAAUGUCCUCCUGUCAGCGACACUGACAGAAGGUGUAACACGGCUAGCUGAUAUCAGUUUGCACAAUCCAGUCAGUAUCUCUGUCCUGGACAAAAGCUGGGAUCAGCCCAAUCCUAAGGAAGUUGCUAGUACCCAGCCAGACAGCUUUGCAAUCCCAGAGAGUCUCAACCAGCAUGUGGUAUUGGUUCCCAGCAAGCUGCGCCUUGUCUGCCUUGCAGCCUUCAUCCUGCAAAAGUGCAAGUUUGAGAAGGACCAGAAGAUGAUUAUCUUUUUCUCAAGUUGUGAGCUGGUGGAGUUCCACUAUGGCCUCUUUCUUCACACCCUGCUUUGCCACUCAGGGAGCCCUACUUCAGAGCAGCUGCCAUCUGCCUGCUGGCCACUGAAAUUCCUUCGGCUACAUGGCAACAUGGAGCAGGAGGAAAGAACGUCCGUAUUUUAUGAGUUCUCCCAUUCUGGAACUGGAGUUUUACUCUGCACGGAUGUUGCAUCUCGAGGCUUAGAUCUGCCACAAGUCACCUGGAUUGUUCAGUACAGUGCUCCGUCUUCACCUGCAGAGUACAUUCACCGCAUCGGAAGAACUGCCCGGAUUGGCUGUCAUGGGAGCAGCCUGCUCAUUUUGGCUCCUUCAGAGGCAGAAUAUGUCAACUCGUUGGCUUCUCACAAAAUCAAUGUUUCUGAGAUUAAGAUGGAAGAUAUUUUGGCUGUUCUGGCAAAGGAUGAUUGUUUUAAAAGGAGACAAAGGGGAGCCCAGAAAUCCCAUGCCAUUGGCCCCCAGGAAAUCCGAGAACGAGCCACAAUGUUGCAGACAGUGUUUGAAGAUUAUGUGCACUCCAGUGAGAAGAUGGUCUCCUGGGCGAAGAAAGCCCUGCAGUCCUUCAUCCGAGCCUAUGCCACCUACCCCAAGGAGCUGAAGUCCAUCUUCCAUGUCCGAUCCCUACACCUCGGACAUGUGGCUAAGAGUUUUGGACUAAGAGAUGCUCCUAGAAACCUCAGUGUCUGUACUGUGAAGAAGGCACGCUUAAAAAGGCCUGACCCUCGGAGGAGGAUCCAGAGGAGGCACCACCUCAUGCCUGCUGAAGUCCUGCACUCGGAACAUGCAAGUGGGCUGGAGGGAGAUGGCACGAAGGGCAGAAAGCAAGGCAAGCCGCAGGGCCUUCAGGGGGCACCCAGCAAGCCUGGGCUGUGGAGAGAAUGAAGCUGCUUCUACAUCAGGAAGACUCUCCACCGGCCAGCAAGCUUCCUUUGGUUGUUUUUUGCUCUCUACAGGACUGGGUCAGGGAGGAUCCGUGGAUCCAACAUGGCCUGGUGGCUUUAGAUUGAUGUCCUGUUCUUAUCAAACAAACAAACAAACAAACAAAAGCUUCUGAAAAUAACUGGCAGCUCCCCCUGAACUAAGACUCACAAGAGUGAAGAUCCUUGCCUGCUGGAGAAGGAGCCCUGAUGGAAACCAAGUAGGCAGGGGCCAAGCCUCUUGUGAGAUUGCUCGUGGACAGCCAGCAUCCUGUGUGUCAGCCUGGACGAGUAUAGCUCCUGGCCAGCUUGCCAGAUUAAGCAGCCACGUGUGUAUUGCAUGAGUGCUGUAAGAUAAAAGAUGUUAAAAACAGGAAUUGAACUUUGUACAGAGAGAUAAAGUAUUUGUUGAAUAGUUAUUUUCUUAGUCCAUAUGAUCUGUUAGGGAGGGCUCAGGGCUUUUACCUUUUGUCAAAAACCUGGAAAUGUUGGAAGACACUCUUCUGUAAACACAGCAUAGCACCAUUUGCGUUGCCUCCCCUUUCAUAUCCACAGACUACUCACCUUCUCUGGGCUAAUUGAUUUACUGUUGCCUUUUUGUUAUUUGCCUUUGAAGUCAAAAGGCACCAGACUUUUGCCUUUUGGCUCUUCAGGGUCUGAGGUCUUUGUGUGUGACCUAGACCCAGAACCUACACACCAUUGUGUUUCUGGGAGAUUUGAAAGAGGACCCCCUGGAGCGUAUUGAUUUCUCAAUAAAUGUAAGAUUUGGCUGCUACAGAGAA